UGAUGAUGUACUAUGGUGAUGCAGAUGUGGUGUGCAACUUUUUUAAUGGUAAAAAGUUCAUACCGAAGCUUGGUUUGAAGGGAGCUGGUCAUAUGGUCCCAACGGAUAAGCCGGCAGUUGCCUCUCACAUACUUGCUUCGUUCCUUUUCGACAAAAAUUUUAUUUUCGGUGAUACAGCAGUGGAUACACCACUAACUAAGGUGGUCAUCACUAAGGCGAUGAAUAGAGGAAGACGAAGUCAUUUUAUGAAGCAGGCACAAGAGAUCAAGCAGUUGCCGGGAGUUGGCUUUGAGCUCAACUUUAAACACUAUUCUGGAUUUUUCCAAGUGUCUGACACUCACCUUCUCCACUACUGGUUUGUUGAGUCUCAGAAUGACCCGACAAAUGAUCCGCUGAUCUUCUGGUUCAAUGGCGGUCCAGGAUGUUCGUCUCUGGACGGACUUCUCAACGAGAUGGGACCGUAUGUGGCAAACUUCGAUGGGAGAAGUCUCAGGUCCAAUCCUUAUUCCUGGAAUAAGAUGGCAUCAGUGGUAUACAUAGAGUCUCCUGCCGGAGUAGGAUAUUCCUAUUCCACCGAUGGAAACAUCACCACCAACGAUGACCAAACAUCUUUGGAGAACUACGUAGCCGUCAAGCAAUUCUUCACGGUAGCUGAAGACUUUCCCUCAAUUCCGACACCACGCCACUUUCAUCAUGGGCGAGUCUUACGGUGGAGUUACGUGCCGACGUUGACAGCAAGGAUCGUUGAUGGCCAAAAGGAUUUCCCUAUCAACCUCAAGGGAAUGGCACUUGGAAAUGGCUAUGUAAAUGAGAAGAUGAACAUCGACACUUCUAUCCGUUACGCCUACGGCCAUGGCAUCAUCGAUGAGAAGACCUGGAAUACACUUGAGAAGGACUGUUGCAAAGGUUGUAUCGACUCCUGCGACUUCACUCAGGUCACUGGUCACUGCGCCACAAUGGUCGAGGACAUCUUCCAGUUCCUCUGGGCAGGAGGGCUGAACCCCUAUGAUUUGUACAGAGACUGUGACCCGAACCCAGCAGUCAACGGAGAAAGAAUGUCCCAUAUGCUGAAAGGUGUCGCUGCCGGUUACAAAUCUGUUGAAAUGGCCAAGACGAAGUCAGGCGAUCUCAUGAGCUUCUUGAGGGCAAACGAGCCUUUGUACGGAGAUGCUCCAUGCCUAAACGACACAGAUGUGAUUGUGUACAUGAAUGAUGCCAAGGUUCGACAAGCACUCAACAUUCCGGACAAAUUGCCGAAAUGGGACAUCUGCAGCAACCAAGUGACCACCACUUAUCAGAAGCAAUACGGAGACAUGGCGCCGUUCAUCAAGAAGAUCGUCGCAGCGAAUGUUCGAGUACUCCUCUAUUACGGGGACACUGAUAUGGCCUGUAACUUCAUGAUGGGACAGCAAUUCUCAGACCAGCUUGGUCUUGAUAAACGAUUGACACUUCAUCUUUUCCGAACUCUCGGCAAAACUCCAUGGAAAUUCGACCGCCAAAUUGCCGGAUUCAAGACACUUUUCAAAGGACUCACCUUCAUCACAG